AUACUCAGUUUUUGGCACUGUACACCAGCGGACAAUAAGCACCGAUCUCUGUUGCACAAACACAAGCGAGGCGCUGCACACCAACGGACUUAAAACCGAUUCUUGUUUCACUUCACAGCAACGCAGGCAAACCAGAAAGAUGACUCGCUAUGGAAGCUUAAAGAAGACCGCGGCGCUACACCCGAACCGGUACCCGCUUUCUUGCACGCUGUGCAAGGGAAAGCAUCCAUUGCGGCUCUGCUCGUCCUUCCGGGCCAAGACACCGGAGGAGCGCCUACGGGAGGCACUCAUCGGGAAGUAUUGCAUAAAUUGCCUCGCGGUCAACCACCGGUCAGCGAACUGCCCCAGCGACGCACGGUGCCGGCGCUGCAACGAGAAGCACCACACGAUGCUCCACAUCGGCGAAAAUACCCGUCGCCGCCCCGCAGUGUCUCAAAUCCAAUCAUGGAGCGAACAAGUAAGUUCCGAUGAUGCCCUCUCCAUUGAUGCAUCAGACCCUGGAACGGAGACUAGGCCUCUCCAACCAGAACCGGAGGAGGGAGAACUCCUUGAAAUCGGAGCGGAAACACGGCCUUUCCGCCCAUCACAGCGAGGGGAAACGGAAACCCGGACUUUCCGCCCCCUUCUGCAACAUGAACGUCGCGGACACAAACGCCGUCUGCGCCGUCGCCAAGCGCACAACCCGGCCAGACUGGAGACCAGGUCUCUCCAGCUGCACCGGGCUAGCUCCUUCAGGGCCGGGCUAACAAAUCGAGCCGGCAGAGUGGCUCAUUCCUUGCUGCCAACGACAGCCAUCUUACCGACGGCGGUAGUGAAGAUCGAGGCAGGAGGACGCCUACACCUAAUCAGGGCGCUCAUAGACGCAUGCGCCCCUACGUCGCUAAUUGCGCGCGACCUAGCAGUAGAAUUGAAAUUGGAGCAGACGCAUAUCGGCGGUCAACGCGGCUGCCUUGUAGUACUGCGCGGCAGACACGGGACAAAUACCCGCAUCUCAACCCACGUGAGGACAAUAAACGGCUAUAUGCGCAUCAGCCCGACCACCACAUUGGACUCCGACCUAGCAGCCCCAUACACACACAUCAAGCUGGCGGAUCCAAACUUCUAUAAGUCAUCGCCGAUACGCUUGGUGCUCGGCGCGGAUGUGUAUUCCCGCAUCAUGACCCAACAGGUCAUGCCACACACAUUUGGGCAGUUCCUCGCUCAGGGCUCCAUCUUCGGCUGGGUGCUCUCGGGUACGGCCCGGUACUAGAUUAAGCCAUGUUAGUAUUUAUUUUUUUAACUUAUUCUAUUGUGUUUUUUUGGAAUUCUCACUUAGAAUAAGUAUUGUUUUUUGUAAAAAAAAAAUGAAUAAACGAACUAUCUGUACUCAUAUUGUACCAUAAAUUUGUACAUCGUUGCGGUGGUCGAUGGACAUUUAAUUUUUUGUUGCUCACCGCAAGGGGGCCGGUAUGUUUAGGCCAGCGCCUAAUUUCUUUUUACCACCCCUAGUGAGUGUAUAACAAACCAUUGCCAGUUAGCUGUUGAUAGCUUUCACUCAACGGUUAACAGCUUUCACUCAACUGGCAAUGGUUUCGUUGAAACUCCCGGUUAGCAAGCGAUCCUGCUAAUCAGCUAAAAAUACUUCUGUUUAGAGAGCGAAGCGAACAAAGACGUUUUUUCCACCGGCCACCACAACAAGCAUCACCACAACCAUAAAUGUAAGUAUUUUUUUGGUAAUCAAAAAUUAAUAAAAUAAAAUUGAAAACAUUUUAAUGCUAUAUGAAACACAAACUUUGUGGUUUUAUUCACUAAUUCUGUUUUCCCGAUUUUUUUCAUAUUCUCAACGAUCGACGCAUCGACCACGCAACUGAUUCGUCGACCGUACGAGAAUUAUUCA